UGAUUGCCAUUGCGACCUGGAUCACGAACCACAACUUUGUGCUCAACAUUAGGUCGGUAGACCGAUUGGCAGUGUGACUGUGGGCUAACGUGGAAAUAGGUCCACGAGACUCAACCUGACUGCCUCGCUCAAGGCCGCCCAAGUUGCCUCGAACCUCAACCUCAUGCAGAUCGUCGUCGUCCAAGCGUCUAAUCGCCUUGCCCCGCAGUCCGCUCUACAACGAUACUACUGGGGCAAUAGCUCAAGGGAGAACUGGAGUCGCACCACCGAGGACUACGAUGCUUUGUUCACUGGAGACAUGAGGAACCGCAUUGCCGUGCAGGCUCGUAUAUACCCUAGAAACACCACCGACCAAGUCCUCUUCAGCCGUACCGCCGAUACCAUGCUCGACGUGCAAUUACCCUACAACAGCGCCAAUGGACAGCCAGCUACAUUCGGCGACAAGGACUAUGGCUUCAUUCCCGAGCUGUACCCCAAAGUCAGCGUCACAGCGAUACCGUACAACUCGACCUUCAACGAGUACAACGGCAGCUUUGAGGGACGACCUGUCAGCAAUACCAGCUACUUGUUCUCUGGACCGUACAGGGUCAAUGACACCCUCAGCCUAGUGUCAAUCACGUUGCCCAUUAUUAACAAUACUUCCAACAUCGAAACACUGGGCUGGCUCACGGCUGUGUUGGACGCCUCACUCUUGACCAAUAUCAUUAACCAACUAGAAGGCUUGGGCGAUAGUGGUCUUACAAUGCUCUUUGGACCUGAGAAUGCCACAAACAACUUCCCAACUGGAUACCUCUACAAGGACCCAAAUCCAGAUCCACCUGAGAACGCUCAAGUACGCUUUCUGAUCCCUCCAACUGUCAGAGACGACGUGUCGAGGCACAGCAAAUACGCCGAACCAAUCAACCCAUCGGCGUUCGACUGGACCGCCUUCCCUGCCAUCAAGCAAGCCUACACCGAAAGUACGGGAGCGACGAGCAACGCCGGCAGUAUCGUCUCUACAUACAAUGAGGAGAAGGAUAAUGUUGCUGUUGGGUACGGUGUCGUGGAUAGCCCCAUGGUCGACUGGGUUGUUAUCGUUGAGCAGACGCACGGCGAAGUAUGGGGACCAAUUUACCAUUUGCGAAAUGUCAUCCUCGCCUGCGUUUUCGGCACCAUGGGCGCCAUGAUCCUUAUCAGUUUCCCUAUCGCCCACUAUUCCAGCCGGCCAAUUCGACGUCUGCGAGACGCCACAAAAAAGACGGUUGCGCCCCACCUGUUCGAGGACGACCUCAGCUUGAGCUCGGGCAACGAUGGUGCAAACGAUGGCCACGAUGAAGCACUCGCUCGCAAGGAAGGGUUCUUCGGUCAGGUCAUCCACUACAGAAGGAACCAGAAAGCCAGCAAAGCCGAGAAGAGAGAGGCCGAGAGGAGACGACAGUUUCGCAUUCCCGGUAAAGUCAAGGAUAGGAAGCACUUCAUUCAUGAUGAGUUGACUGAUCUCACCAAAACCUUCAAUGAGAUGACAGACGAGCUCAUGAUGCAGUAUGAGAGGCUAGAAGAGAGGGUACAGCAGAGGACGGCCGAGUUGAACGAGAGCAAAAAGGCGGCCGAAGCAGCGAACGAGAGCAAGACCUUGUUCAUCGCCAACAUCUCCCACGAGCUCAAGACACCACUCAACGGCAUCUUGGGCAUGUGCGCAGUCUGCAUGUCUGAAGACGAUCCAGUAAAGCUAAGAAGAUCUUUAGGGAUCAUCUACAAAAGCGGUGAUCUCCUUCUUAAUCUUCUCACAGAUCUUUUGACGUUCAGUAAGAACCAGGUCGGACAGCAGCUAAGCCUAGACGAGAAGGAGUUCAGGCUACGCGAUAUCAGCUCGCAGGUGCUGGCAAUCUUUGAAAAGCAGGCGAAAGAUGGUGAUAUCAACCUGAGCGUGCGAUUUGAAGGACCCUACGACGCCAACCUCAAUGACGACGGGCGCCCAAACCACGCUGGCGACCUCGGGCCUUACGGCUUGGGAAGGCUCAAGGAUAUGAUUCUAUACGGAGAUCAGCACCGAAUCCUGCAAGUCGUCAUCAACCUUGUGUCGAACAGUUUGAAGUUCACACCACGAGGCGGAAACGUUAUUCUGACUAUCCGCUGUACGGGAGAAGCCUACAUGACUGACAGUCGAAAAGCUUCGUUGGCUUCUAGGCAAAGUUCAGCAAGAAAUUCAAAAAACCGAUUCAGGGCGACAAGUUCAGAAGUAGGGUCAGUGUCGACCACAGGUCACAACGGCUUCGCCACAGCAAACCACAUCAACCCCCUCGAUAAGCCGAACCCCUACUCGCACAUCAUGAUGAACGAUCGCACGGCGACCCCUCCGCCUGGACGAUGGCUAGCCUUCGAAUUCGAGGUCGAGGAUACUGGUCCGGGUAUUCCCGAGGACAUCCACUCCAAGAUAUUUGAGCCUUUCGUGCAAGGUGACUUGGGUCUCAGCAAGAAGUUCGGAGGCACCGGUCUUGGACUGAGUAUUUGCUCGCAACUGGCUGGUUUGAUGAAGGGCACCAUCGGCUUAAAGAGCGAGGUCGCCCACGGUAGUGUUUUCACCAUGUCCAUACCGCUGAAGCACCUGUCGAACCGUGCCGACAGCACAGCAAGCUCGCAAGCCGACCCCAAUUCGCGGCGAAACUCAUCCGUCGACGAGCCUCGUGUUGCAUCGCGAGAGGAUGCUCCAUCUGUGCGAUCAGGGCAUUCUGGUAGGAGUGGCGAUAGAACAGUGCCGGUUGUUAACGCCAGCACUGCAGCUGCCGGAACCGCGGGUCCAGUGUCAUUCGAGCAAGACUCAAAACCGCGUUUGGUUGGGUUGAGCCAGCCAUUCUUUGCUUCAAACGCGCCACUGGAGUCGCCAAAUUCACAAGCAGCAGCGAUGCAGCGUGUAGAAGCCGAAGCCACUAAGGGUGGCAAGAAGAUCAAGGUCCUUGUUGCGGAAGACAACACCACUAACCAAAUCGUAGUCAUGCGCAUGCUUAAGUUGGAAGACGUGUACGAUGUGACGGUAGCAAAGGAUGGCCAAGAAGCUCUUGACAGGGUCAAAGAAAGCAUGGAAGCAGGAGAGCCCUUCAAUCUGAUCUUCAUGGACGUGCAAAUGCCGAACAUGGACGGCCUAGACUCGACAAGGUUGAUUCGUCAGUCUGGGUUCUCUGCUCCCAUUGUCGCUCUGACCGCAUACGCUGAAGAGUCCAAUGUCAAGCAAUGCAUGGAGUCUGGCAUGGAUUUCUUCCUAUCAAAGCCUAUCCGUCGACCCGCCCUGAAGCACGUUCUCAAGACCUACUGUCCUCCCAUCGUCGAAGAAGACGAAGGUGGACAGAAUACACCACCCAAAAAUUCGCCAAUCCUGGCAACGGCACCUGCACCAAUCAAAACAUCUGACACCGCCGUUCAACCAAAAGCACCCUUCUCGUUGAAACCUGGCGCAAGGGAACACACCGAUUCGCCCGCAAUAUCGCCCGGCACUAAAUGAGCUCGCUUACUUUCUUCUCCCAUCGUUUGGCUCGAUACCUUAUGAUCUUGUAAUGCAUGGCGCACGAUUUCUCUUUGGCUAAUUUCUUAAUCCUAGUAUCUUACACAUAAGCACGGCGUCGGUCUGGGUCGAAUGUCACUUCGAAAAGCAAAGCAAGUUGGCUAGGCGUUUGUUUUUUUAGGCAUUUGUGUGAGUUGGUCGGAGAUCUCGGAGGUUGUUUAAUCUUUGAGUAUAUACACCGGUGGCGUUACGGCGAGAGCUGCGUGUAGUUCUUUGCGUGGCUGGAAAACUGCCGCGGUCAAUGCAAGAUCUGUGGCGCACCUGCGCUGCAGCUAUCAUACUUAUCAUGUCUUUGCCAAUGCAUUUAUAAAGAAUCUUGAAUACCUCAACAUCUUUCUAUUCAUUAC